AUGCAACAACAGCUGAUGAAGCUGAUGUUGCCUCCUAGCUGGCAUGAUAUUCCCCCUGCUGGUACUAGUUCUGAUCAUUCUGCACGAAUGCCUUUACUAGACAAACCAGUUUUUAGUCCUCCUACACACUCUCCUGCUCCCAGACGUUCUACUCGAACUAGACUUCUACCCUCUCAUUUGGAUGAUUAUGAGUGUGAUUUACCUUCUUCUUCCUUGGCAAUCCAGUCAUCUCCGAAGCUGGCUAGACCUUGUGCAUCAGCAGCAGUAUAUGGGACGGAGGAGUGCGUUGGUCGAAUGGUGACUGGGGCACUGGACCGUGGCCUCAUCAACAACUGUGACGAAGAGUUUGUUACUUCUAAGUUGUGGACAAAAGAUUCUCAUUAUGAUCUUGUUUGCCUGCCCUCAAGGAAACACUCAGGAGUGAGUCCCAUAGUGAAGAGUUUCAACAAGGAUAGAAUGAAAGAAAGCCUUCAAAUAUUUGAUUGGAAGCUCAGUGAUGAAGAAGUUAGUCAAAUCCAACAGAUCCCUCAGGCUAGAGGCCUCACAGGUGAACACUUUGUUUUUCCAGAGGGGCAGUCCAAAUCCCUGGAAGAACUUUGGGACGGAGAAAUAUGA